GAACGAUCGAUUUGGGUUGUUUUGGCACAGAUCCUCCUGCUGCUCCGCCGGACUUUUCCACCCAUGGUGCGCCUCACAAGUGUCUUGCUGCUGCUCGUCAUCGGCACUGCUGCGCAGCAUAGCGAGAAGGGUGUGUGCAACGUGGACACAGGUGGCAGCUGCAAGGUCUUCGGCUGCAACGAUUGGCGGGGUGGCGCCAAGUGCGACAAGGAGGCGGGUUACAAGUGCAUGUGCCCGCCGGGGAAGUGCUCGUCGAAGGAUGGCAUCUGCGUCGAGGAGGACAAACAUGCAGCCAGCCAGUACGACGUGAACACUGGAUCAACUUGUGACCCAAUCUUGGGGUUUUGGGGCUGCUCGGCUGAUCUGGGGCCAACCGACUGCGUCGCUGGGAAGUGCCUCUGCGAGGCCGGAAAGUUCUACAUCUGCCACGAAGUGCCCGACACAGAGGGUCAGAGAACGAUGUCUGGUUGCUCGAAAGAGUGCAAGUGCCAGAAGCCAAGUGAUUGGGGCAGCAAGGCACAGUGCGUCCCCAAGAACACGCGCCGCCCAGGCGUUGGCUCUCGUCGCCCCGCCGUGGUGAUGCUCCCGUUGCUUCCACGCCCCCUUCUGGCGAUCCGGAACUUCUCCGUCGAGCGCCUGCACGCCCUGUUCGACGUCCUCCUCGGCUGCGUCACGGUGGUCACCGAGUUCGUCGGCUUCUUGAAGUUCGCCAUGUUGGCGCUGCACGUCGACCUGCGGAUCAUCCCAGUGAUGAUCGGCUUCCGUUCCAGCCGCGCUGCAGAGCUCAAUGGGCUUGACUUCAUGGAGCACCGCUACGACGAUGGCAGCCUUGGCACAGACCCAAACGUUGUCACGGUGAUCACCGAGUCGGCGAUGCGCGAUUGCUUGGCGCAGCGCAUGGUACGACAUUUGUCCCCCACGAAAAGGUACAGUUACAAUUCCCCAGCAGAGACUUGUUUAGUGGCGGACUCGGCGGGCAGCAAUCUGCCGAACGCGCCCUGUGAUGCGAGGGCCAGCUCGUCCGGUGAGGCCUCCACGGAGCUGGGAGCACAACGUGCUCGCGAGAGUGCUCCCGACGAACGUGGAGUUCGCCAGCCGAGUGGGGCGCCCGCUUCCAGAGCCUCCACCGCUCCCAGCAGCACGUCGGAGGCGCCUGGCAACGGCCAGCUGCCUUCCCAAGAGGAGCUGGCGCGCGAGGUCGCGGCCCUGCGUGCCGCAGUGAAGCCUCUGGGAGAGCAGAGGGCUGUCCAGACAGCAGCUGCUGGCGCAGAGCAGACCGACGGCGCAGCGCUCGGCGCGCUCCGCGGUAGUUCGUUAGCCGGGAUGGGCCGUGCAGGCGCCUUGCGGCAACUGCUGCAUGAGACAGAGAAGGUGAUGGCA